CAGCAAUCGCGCAAUCCACGGCUGCUAGAACGUUUCAAAACGUCUCGUGGGAUCACGGUUGACGUCGAUCCGGUCGUGUCGCAGCGAUUUUUGCGAAAUUAUCAGUGCUCGAAGUGAUAGAAGACGGUUGAGAUACAUUUCGUCAUCGUGAACUGCAUCUGCAUCGAACGGGGGAAGAAAGAAAUUGCUGGCAAAGCAACAGUAAAAGUACUACGUCGUUUGUCGUAGACGUCGUUGAUACACCCUCAAAUUGAGCGAUACGUCCAAGUUAUAGAACAACCGAGUCGGGGAAUCGCCGAGAGGCGGUACUUUCGGUAGGCACGAUAAGCUACUGGGUGGUCAAAAGCGACAGGUUGCCGACGGAGCAACCUCGUGUUUGUUUUCGCCGAGGAACCGGCAGCCGCCACGACGUAUCACCUAACAGCACGGCCGCGUAUUUUAGGGUGUCUGUACACGACGCUCGCGAUUUUGACACCUGCUGUAUUUACACAAAUCAUGCAUGGAUAUUAUCAUGGCAGGAGCAAUCAGGAGCUCGUGCAACAUCUCAAACGAAACAGAAUGAUUAAAUCUGAUAGAGUACUUGAGGCAAUGAGCUCUGUGGAUAGAGGGAAAUAUACUCAUCCCAGUCAUGCUUAUGUGGAUUCACCACAAGGGAUUGGUUACGGUGUUACCAUUAGUGCCCCUCAUAUGCACGCGUAUGCCCUGGAAUUGCUUGAAGAAAAACUUCGUGACGGGGGAAAAGCAUUGGAUGUUGGUUCUGGAUCGGGAUAUUUGACAGCAUGCAUGGCCAUUAUGAUGGGACCAAACGGUUUAGCUGUUGGGAUCGAUCAUAUUCCUGAGUUGCGAGCAAUGGCUGAAGAAAAUAUUCGUCACGAUCAUCCGGAACUUUUACGCGACGGACGAGUGGAAUUAGUUGUUGGCGAUGGAAGAUUGGGCUAUCCCGAUCGUGGACCGUACGACGCUAUACACGUAGGAGCAGCCGCUAAAGAAAUGCCACGAGCGUUGAUAAAUCAAUUAGCACCUGGUGGACGUUUAAUAUUGCCGAUGGGUCCCGAGAACGCUGAUCAAGUCUUAGUACAAGUCGAUAAAACCAUAGACGGCCAAAUUAAACGACGAUCUUUGAUGAGCGUAGUCUUCGUACCGUUGACUGAUAAGGAACGACAGUAUCGUCGGUCAUGAGAUACGUGUUUGCUGCAAUAAGUCAGCUUACGUUGUGAAUGAUGAGUAUUAUUUUAUUUUUCUGACACCGUAUAUAAACAGCUCUGCUGAUAAACAUGCAAAGAUACAUAUUAGAGAGAGAGAGAGAGAGAGAGAGAGAGAGAGAAAAUUGCAUUAAUCUGUAACCACUAUAUAGACAGAUGUUUCCGUUGAUAGAAAAAAUAGUAAAGACGAAUCUAAACUUAGCAUGAUGGGAAUAUUUUAAGAUACCUUGACUCUCAUCGUCUUUACGAUAUCGUCAUUUUUUGUUUAUUAAAAAUAUAAAAGGGAAUAUUCCGCUGUAGCUUGCUUUGCUUAUGGGAGAUCUAGCUUUGCAUCUAAAUAUAUACAUAUGCAUUAAUUUGCAGUCAAUAUAUAGACAUGUACAGAUGUUUCUAUUGAUGGCAAAAGUCGUUGGGUAAAGUCGAUGGGUAAAGAUAAAUUUAAUUUUAGCAUGAGAGUAUUUUUAUUGAGAUGCGUUGAUUCUCGUGUCUUUAUGAUACCAUUUUAUUUAUCGAAGAGAUAAAAGGGAAUAUUCCGCUUUUUCUUAUGGGAAAUCUAGCCUUGUAUCUAGAUAUAUAUUGACAAUGAUUGGUUUAAUUUUCUAGUCACUUUUAGGUCUUGAAAGUAUAUCUAUGAAUAUGGAGCUGAAAUAAAAAUAAACUUAAGGGUCUGCAGAGACCAAGAAGCGUCGAGAGCGCAAAAUACCGUAUCUGUGGAGGUAUAUAUUUAUAUUAUUAUAUUCAUGUUGUUUGUGAGCGAAUGCACUAGCUUUCUCGCGUGCAAUGCUCCGCUGGAUCUGCCCAGCGCAAGGCACGGAAUGCAAGGAAGGAUCGGUGUGGUGAUUGAAAUUCUUGAAAUCGAGCUGCGGUUGUGCAAUGGUUUAUUCUUCUGUCGCGAUAGAAUGGCGAUCUGUCCUUUACAAUAAGAGGCGUGAUGAAGUUCUUCCUUGUCGUGUGCCACGCACAACCGCGGUUACAAGACGCAACACGAUUCCAGUCGACGAUCACAACGUUCAAAAUGAAAAUUAUAAUUAACUGAUAAACCGACAAUCACUCGCGAAGUAGUCACGAGGCCGCGAAAGACGUCUCGUAACGAGAUGAGGAAAAUCGUGAAAUUGAUGUCUCGCACGGACGGUUGACCCGUAGCGAGCCAAGAUACGCGAACUAUUAGAUCCGAACAGCGUGGUCUAAUAUCGAAAAAGUCUCUCUCGCUGAGAGUUCGCUUAACGUUUCUUUAACGGUCUCUGGUGCUCUCAAGGCACCUAGUUUAUAUACCGAUAUAACGCGUGGUUUUUUUUUCAGCGGAACGAAUAGAUUGAUCGACCUUCGAUCGGACGAAGCCUUUUCGAUCAUGUUUUUGAUACGAUGUGACAAUUCGGUGUUCUUCUACCCGAACACGUGAUGAGACACGCGUGCUUCAUGUUUACUUAUGUUGUUGUUGGUUAGUAAUCCGCGUGUUAUUGUUUAGAGAUCGUUUGCCGCAUCAUGCUCGGCUCACAUGAUGAGCAUGAUAACAUUAACGACUUCAAUUAGAAUUUUGAACACAUGUUAUUUAUAUAUUUACUAUUAUUAUAAGAUAUAUUAUUUCACAUACAUGAAUGUUUUGUCAGCUACUUGAAUAUCUUGCUAGACUAGACUUUCCGGGAUAUUUACAUUCAACAAUAUAUCGGCUUGGAGAAAUCAUAUUCGGUUACCAAACUAUUUUUGGAGACUUCUUUGCAAGUGUACUGUGACACUGUGGUACAAGCCGGAUUUUGCAAUUAGAUUCAUACAAAUUUAUAAUAAAUGAAAAUACGGAUUCGCUCUGCACUCCAAGUGGAGCAUUCACUCAAAUAAAUUAUCACGUUUCUAUUUUAAUCUUUUUUCCAAAAAAAAAAAAAACUCGUACUGACGAUUCUUCUGAUUACGAAUAUCACAAUUAGAAAGUAAUUCUUUUUUUUACUUUGAUGAAAACGAGAAAUAAAAAUGUGUAGUUUCGGGAUCUUCACGAAAAACCUCCAUAGUCCCACUUGUAGACUCUUAACAUGAAGUGGCUAUGAUGUAUGUGUGUGUAUGUAUGCAUGUGUGUAGGUAUGUGCAAAUUUAAUAUUUAUAUUAAAUCUGCCACGUAAUUUGCAUCUGAAGCUUAAGCGAGACUUAAUUUUGCAGUUAUCAACAAAGCAACAGGUUAUAUCCAUUUUAAUUUAAUAUAUUAAUAUAUUAUACCUAAUAUGUAACUUAUAUAUCAUUUGAUUGUAUAACUUAUAAUUUAUUUAGUUCGUAGUAAUCUCUUACAUUAGGUUUCUUCAAAAUAUCCAAAUGAAAUACAAGAGAAAAUUGUAUAAUUAAAUAUUUAUUGACAAGGUACAUGAAAUUGUUUACAUAUUUAUGCAAGAGAUUUAUUUUAUUAAUUAUACACAAUACUCAUCAUCUAUCUUUUCUCGUCCAGUGUGGUGAUUUAUAUUUCUUAAAUUGUACAAGUGUUAUAUUAAAAAAUAUAUGUAACACAAAUGACUAGAAUUAUACAUUACUAUAAAUA